AUGACAGAGGUAACAUUCGCAAGAUCCUUCCUGGCGGCGCUGGACUCGCGCCCGCCGAAGCUGUCAGCCGACCAUGUCGAGGACCCCAAGAGCUACCCGGCAAGGCCACCUUACAUCCUGCCUCGGAUGCCCAAGCCAAUGUCCAAGGCCGUCUCACUUGCGCCGGGCCAGGAGCGCAGCAUAACCGUGCGCAUCAAGUCGCUGCGCAAUCCGCCCCUCGACAUCAGACUCAGCUCCCAGCCCCUCAACACCUCCAUCCUCGACAUUAAGGCGUCCGUGUCAUCCGAGACCUCCAUACCUGUAGACAAGAUCAAGGUCUUGCACAAGAAGAAGCCCGUCGCCGAUAGCAAGGUGCUCAAGGACCUGCUGGGAGAGGAUGAGACCAGCGUCGAGUUCUCCGUCAUGGUGCUCGGCGGUGCUGCCGCAGUGUCACCAGCUCCCAAGACGGACGACGUCACGGCCCAUGCUGCCUCGACCGCGCAGGGGACCAGUGGAGAGGCCGUGCUGCAGACGGACGCGUUCUGGACGGAUUUGCGGGGGUUCUUAUCCCAGAGGAUACGUGAUGAGAAGAUCACCGAGGAGCUGUUUGGCAAGUUCCUCUCGAGUUGGGAGUCGGGCCGGUAG